AUGUUAUUAAAAAAAGCAGCAACCAAAGAUGAUGUAAUAGCAUUUGCCAACGCAGUAAAGUAUACAUUAGGAGAUGAGAAAGAAAAGUACGUACACUUUUUGGACAUAAUGAAUGAUUACGGGAAUCAAAGAAUUGAUGUGGUGAUUGCCAUGGAAAGGAUGAAGGAGCUAUUCAAAGGACAUGGAGAUUUACUUUUGGGAUUUAAUGCCUUGUUGCCAAAGGAAUGUGAAAUCACACUUUCAUGUGAGGAUGAACAACCACCACAGAAAAGGAAAAAGCAUGUUGGAUUUUCAGAAGACAAAAAUUUCAGGGGCAAGACAGAGGACGACGCGGAUCUUGUUCUUGAGUUGGCUAAUUUUUGUAAGGCAGAGGUAGAGAAGAUGAAGGCCGCAGGCAACACAAAUGAAUGA